UUUUUUUUGUAAAUGAGGAAUAAUGUGGGUAAUGAAGACACACCAUUACUACUCAAUCAAACAAUGCUAUUUUGGCGAUAUCUGUUAAAUUCUACAUGGCUGGUGUGAGGGGUUGCCUCGCAACAAUAUGAAAAAAAUGUAGUCUUACAUCAUCGGCCGGUUGAACGGGAAAAGUAGAUCAGUCAAGACGAGCGCCCGAAAUAGCCCCUGACGAAAAUGAUCCACCAUGAGCGAAAACGAUGCUCGGGUGCGCCUCAACUAUCCUCUUCUGAUAUUUCUACUGCGUAUAUGCACAAGCUUUGGAAGUUCUCUUUUUCCUGGAACGUCUUGCCAAUGUGAAGAAUUUGCAAUCGACGGCAAACCGUUUGUGGCGGUGUGGAACUCUCCGACAGGUGGCUGCACUAAGAAUUUUAGUGUGGAAAUAAAUCUCAAGGAUAAUGGUAUUCUAGAGAACGAAAACCAGACUUGGGAUGGCAAAUAUGUGACAGUGUUCUACAAUGCGCAGCUUGGACAGUAUCCGUAUUUCACGGAUAGCCAAGGGACAGGGAGCUAUAAUGGCGGAAUGCCUCAGCUUGUUGAUCUUGACGCUCACCUUGAGAAGAGCAAGCGUGACAUCAUCGACAAGAUCCCAGACCCCCAAUACAAUGGCUUGGCCGUUAUUGACUGGGAAGGCUGGAGACCAGUCUGGCAUCGCAACUGGGAUUCCAAGAAACUCUAUCAGACAAAGUCAAUCGAGAUCGCGCGAUCACAAUAUCCCGAUUGGCCUUUGGAUAAACUCGUGGAGCUAGCUAAGAGCCAGUUUGAGGAUUCUUCUAGACGAUUAAUGGAAGCAACCAUCAGGCUUGGCAGAACGCUACGCCCCCAUGGAAAAUGGGGAUUUUAUGGCUUCCCAGACUGCUAUGGGAGAAAAGAUAACGGUUACAAGUGCUCGGAGAAGCAAAUGCGGAUGAAUGACGAGCUUGUCUGGAUGUAUGACCUCAGCACUGCGUUUUACCCGUCGAUAUACCUCCAGAAGCCCGGCCCGUCUAACAGCGCCUUUGUGCGGGGUAGAAUGAUGGAGACUAUACGUCUAGGUCUCGUACAAGCGAUGAAACGCGGCAGCCCAGUGCCGAUAUUCCCGUACUUUAGGUUUAUCUACGAGAAGGACUUCUUAAAAUAUAACUUUCUAAAGGACGAGGACUUAAGGAAUACUAUAGGGCAGGUUGCGGACCUGGGAGCGGCGGGGGUUGUCAUGUGGGGAAAUCGUAGAGACGAGAACACAUCUCCUCAAGUCUGUAAGCACAUCAAUCACUACAUUCACUCCAAACUCGGCCCCUUCAUCCACCGCAUGAAGACUACUGCAGAGAAAUGUAGUGAACUCAAGUGCCGUGGAAACGGCCGAUGCAUUAAGGGAGUGACGUCGGUUGGAAUGGACGUUAAUAAAAAUAAUAUGAUAAGGAGGAGCUGCCCUUUCAAAGCAAAGACAUUUACCCCAAAGAAGAAUAUCGACAAAGAAAAGAAUGCUGUUCAAAUACUGAAUGACAUUGCAGCUAAUGUCGAUAACAGAGACGAUAAAAUGCUUUCAGCAAUUUCAAAAUUAAUAGGAAAAAAAGAUUUAUUCUUCAAAAAUUCCAAAAAGGAUUAUGGCGUUGCUAAGGAUGUCAGUGAGGUACUCGAGCGAGGACUUGGUCGUCAUGACAACCAACGAAGUAGCCAAAACCACUCUUCAACGGCUCCGAUAGAUGACCAGCCGACAGAGAUGGUCUACUGCAACAAGACGGCUGUGGGUGAGACGAAAUGUGUUCUUGUCAAUCGACACACUGCGGCACAACUUUCCAAGCACGGUCAUUUCCACAUGCCCAAGAUCUACGCCGUUCUGAUCUCCAUCUCAUUGGGAGGCGCUCUUGUCCUCUCCACCGUCUACAUAGGAACGUAUUGGUACUUCAACAUUUACAAGAAGCAAAGGAGAUAACCUAUAUGAAUCAGAGACAAGGUUAUGAGGGGGAUAAGGGUUCGAGAAGAAAUAAAGCUUCGCAAAAGCUGCUUAAACCGAAGCUGCCAAAAGAGCAACAGCUAACCCGCUAACCGCAGCAAUCAACAUUGCAGCCAAGCCAGCGUUGCAGCCCAAGCUAUUAGUUUUACUUUUUUCGAUUGUCUGAAAAGUUUGUUGUGGGAGUUAAGUGGCCAAACUCCUUGCAAACAUUUGUUUACUCUUUUUUCAAGAUGUAAAAAGCUCACCACCCAGGUGCGUGCCCUGGAUUGGCUGAAGGGGAGGGGGUGUGCAGUCAUGGGUAAUAAGAAAUGACGCCCCCCCUGUUUACGCGCCUGCCACCUAUCAGGCGCGAACACCCAGGAUUGGCUGCAGGGGGGUGCGCGGUCAUUGGUAUCACAUUGGAAGCAUUAGUUGUUGGAGAUUCCUUAAUAAGAAAUGACCCCUUUUUGGCCGCCAUAGGGAUGGGCGCGCACCCUCUGCACCCCCCUGUGUACGGGCCUGCUUAUAGGUGGAAAGUGUAUGAUAGAAUUUUGAAUUUUUCGAUAUCGUAUGACCAUCUAUUGCAAUAAAUACACACGUAACCAAGUAACCCAUGUUGCGCGGCCAUAUUUCAGUCAGCCUCUGACAAAAUCCUGACUACAAUUUGUAAAUAUAACUGUGAAUAUAUCCCGGCUUUUGGGUUUUUAUAAUUGUAUAGAUAUAUACAUCAACUGUAAUAAAGUCUAUAACAUAGCGGACCGGAAAAA